GAUAGAUCGCCAUUGCUGAAUCGUCCGCCAUAGCAUUGCCCUAAGAGCUCGAGCCUAGCGAUGGGGAUGGAGCAGCAGGGAAACGAAGAGGCGGAUCAAGGUGUUGCGCAAGAAGCUACUGUCCAACCGGAGAACGAGAAGGAGCCAGAGUCUCUCGACGACAUGGCGCGCAAAGCUCUGGAAUGUCCCUGCGUCGCUGAUCUCCGUGAGGGCCCCUGUGGAAAGCAAUUUAGCGAGGCUUUCGUGUGCUACUUCAAGAGCACGGCCGAAGAGAAGGGGUCAGACUGCAUUGAGCCUUAUCUAGCCAUGCAAGCGUGCAUGGAAGCAACCCCAGAGUUGUUUGCAAAGCAUGAUCCAGAUGAUGGAAGUGAUCCCAACGUAGGUGAAAGACCACCAUCUAGAAGAAGAAGAUCCAAAACUCCUGCAAGCAAACAAGUAUGAUCACGUAGAUCACAUACAAGACUGGGCGAUUGAUUUGCUGCCUGUGGCAGAUUUUUCUUUGCUCUUUUUUGUUCUUUCCUUCUAACGACUUUCGUUACAAUCAGCUAAAUCGUCGCGUACUUUUUUGCAUCAA